AUGAUGGGCGAGAAGCUUUUAAAUACUAUUUUAGAAGAAAUAAAACUCGCAAAGUACUACACAAUAAGCGUUGAUUCAACUCCAGACCUGUGUCAUAUCGACCAGCUUUCGUUCACUGUUCGCUACGUUUUUUCUGACGAACCGGCCGAACGUUUUUUAAAGUUCGUCCCCAUCACUGCUCACAACUCAGCAUAUCUUGCAGAAACUGUGUUGGAAUUUUUAAAAAAUCAUGGCUUAGAUAUUAAAAAUUGCCGCGGACAGUCUUACGACAAUGCUUCCAAUAUGUCUGGCCAAUAUACAGGCCUACAAGCUCGAAUUAAAGAUAAAUCCUCGACUCACCGAUGGGAAACUUUAACAACAGCACUGGGACCUACAAAAAAGGUUGUCAAACGUUUGUCUGAUACUCGUUGGUCAGCAAGAGCCGAUGCCGUGACGGCUUUAUUUAAUGGUUAUUCCGAAAUACAACAAGCCCUCAACAAGAUAGCAGAAGAUCAAAAAGAACAACGAGCAACCAGUCACGAAGCUGAGAGUUUAAGCAAUAAAAUGGACAAACUGGAAACAGCUUUUCUGAGUGGUGUUGGAGCUUCGGUAUCCUAUGACGGAAAACCGUCUUAA